AUGAUGGACAACGUUAUUAUUCGUCCGACUACACUACGUCAACGCAGUCGUUCUUAUGAAUCGGACGAACAUGAGCGGGGCGCCUGCGAGUGGUGUGAAUACGCGCUGGUCAUCACACUGGCCACCAUCCUGCUCAUCGGUGUCUCGGCGCUCACUAUCUUCUGGGUGUUCUACUACCGCGAAGGCUAUGCUUGGGCUGAUGACCUGCCUGACAAGCAGUUCAACUUGCAUCCUACGCUUAUGGUCGCAGGAUUUAUCACCUUCAGCGGUUUCUCCGUGCUGCUGUACCGCAUCUGUCGCUGCUUCAGGCGCAUUUACGUGAAACUUCUACACGCCAUCUUCCAUGCACUGGCGUUCCCUUGCAUCGUGAUUGGAUUCCUGGCUGUGCUUGACUACCACAACAAAAAGGGCAUCAACAACUUUUAUUCGCUACAUAGCUGGAUUGGCUUUGUUGCCAUGGGACUGUUUGGAUUACAGUACGCUGUCGGCUUCUUCAGCUUCCUGCUGUUGUUGAUUUGUAACAAGGGCACAGCCAGUUUCCGCGCCUCUUUGGUGCCUGUUCACGCAGCAUUUGGGAUUCUCACCUUCGUACUUGGCGUGGCUGCCUGCCUCACCGGACUUACUGAGAAAGCUAUCUUCACUCUCGGAGGGGAGAGGUACAGCGGGAUGGUGGACGAGGGAAUUAUCAUCAACACGAUCGGAGUGGUUAUGAUCGCUAUACUGGCCGUCGUCAUGUAUAUCUUGUCGAGGAACAAAUUCCGCAGGCCGGAAUACCGUGACCAGCACAUACGAGCUUCAGUAGACCUCUAG